AUGAUAACCACUGCAUUGCAGUCCUGUUGUGAUGUAAUACUCAUUGUAGCCAAAACUCUCCUUCAAUGUGUUGAGGUUAAGCCAGGGGAUUGCGUUAAAAUAGAUGAGUUGGAAGUAGCUAAUGUCUACAUCCACAUCUCUCAGGUUGCGCUGGGAGAGGCCUCAAAGAAUGAGAAAUCUAAGGAACCUGUGGUUGUCUACCUCAAAGUUGGAGUGCAGAAGCUUGUUUUGGGAACUUUGAACAGGGAGGAAAUCCCCCAAAUACCCUUGGAUUUGGUUCUCGACCAAGAGGCUAAGCUUUCCCACACUUGCCAGAGUGCCAGUGUCUAUUUCUGUGGAUAUAGGGCUAAUCGAUAUCCUUUACACCACUAGUAUAUGUUAAUUUAU